AGCCGAGCCGAGCCGAGCCGAGCUGAGCCCCGCUGAACUGCACCGAGCCGAGCCCGGGGAACCGCACCGAGCCGAGCCGCACCGAGCCGCGCAUGGGGAGCGCAGCCUCCGCGGGCGCGCAGCUGCCCCGCCGGCGCUGAGGGGCCGGGGCACCGGAGCAGCGACCCCCGUCCUCGCCGCCGCCGCCGGGCAUGCCCGCCCCGCCGGCCGCCGCCUGCCCCGCCGCUGAGCGCCGCCGCGGGCGCGGGGCGGCGCGCCUGGAUGGAGCGCUGAGGCGCUGAGCCCCGCCGAGCCGGGCCGGGCCGAGACGUGACGAUGUGGAUGCGACGGCUCCCGGGAAGCAGGUCAGGUUACCCGCUCGGAAGCCAUGCUUGGAUUUUAAUAGCCAUGUUCCACCUAGCCAUGGACCUUGCCAGCUGCCAGCCCCCAGCCCCCGGCGCCGGGGGGAGGCUCUCACCGCGGCCGGCGCUCCGGCACAGACUGUCCCGUGGCUCGCUGUGGGGAGCGGGGAGCGGGGAGGAGCUGCGGCGCCCCGGGCCCCCCUGGACCUGCGCCCCUGCGCCCCCCCUGCAGAGACCCCGCUCUCGCCGGCCGCCCCUCAGUGCCCCACUGCCCGCCGGCCACCCCCUGCGCCGGCCGCGCUCCCGGAGGGGCCGGCGGCACCUGCGCGGCCGCGGCUUCGCCCCGCGGGACGGGCGGCCCACGGUGCUGCCUGAGGUCAUCGUCUGGGGCCCCACGGGCGAGGAGGACUCCCUGGAGAGCAGCACUCUGCCCGGCGCCUCCGCCACCGCCACCACCACCACCACCACCACCGCUGCCACGACCACCGCCACCACCGCCGCCGCCGCCACCGCCGCCACGCCGCCCCGCGCGUCCCCCAGCACCCCGGCACCUGUGCCCGGCGGGGACGUGCCCCGCAGCAGCCCCGGCCGCACCAGCACUGCCGAACCGGCCGCCGGACACAGCAGUGGAGGCAAAGAUGCUCGACCGCCCCGCGGGCUGGGAGACAGCACAGGUCUGGCAGUUCAUCAGAUAAUCACUAUUACUGUGUCCCUCAUCAUGGUCAUAGCUGCGCUGAUAACAACUCUUGUCUUAAAAAAUUGCUGCGCGCAGAGCGGGCGCCCGCGGCGCAACAGCCACCAGCGCAAGCUGGACCAGCAGGAGGAGAGCUGCCAGAACCUGACCGACUUCGCCCCCGCCCGCGUGCCCAGCGCCCUCGACAUCUUCACCGCCUACAACGAGACGCUGCAGUGCUCUCACGAGUGCGUCCGGACCCCCGUGUCCGUCUACGCAGAGGACACGUUGCACUCGCCCGGGGAUUACAAAACGACCUUCAAUGGAAACAGACCCUCUUCUUCUGACCGGCAUCUUAUUCCCGUGGCCUUUGUGUCUGAGAAAUGGUUUGAAAUCUCCUGCUGACUGGCCGAAGCCUGUUUGACUUCUGGGGGCAGGGCAGACGCCAGCGGGCUGUUUCCUGGAUUCCAUUGGUGAACCUGUAAAAAAUAUAAAAAAAUAAUGGGUUACCUGUACCUACCAUUUCUGUUUACCAGUAGGAGACUCAAAGAGCAGCGUUCUAUGGGCCAAAUAUAUUUUUAUAAAAAUGAACAUGCCUGUAGGUAACUGCAUUGUCAAGGAGCACGGUUUUGGGAGGAGAGACAGGAAGGUGUGUGAGCAAGGAAUCCCGUGGAGGAGGAGGAGGAGGAACCGGCGAGGGAUGAAGAGGGAAGGACUGAGCGCCUGGAGCCCGGCCGUGGACGGUGACUCUGAACCUGUGCCAAUAAUACCAUUAUGUGCCAUGAACCGAUGCAAAGACUUUGUGAGGAGCCGUGUCAGUAACGCCUGGAAACCUUGUGGAGGAUGAGUGGGGCGUCUCUUCUGGUGGGGUCAUCCAUUCCGGUCCAUACGCGUACAUACAUAUGGUAUAUGUAGAGAGAAAAUAUAUAUAUACACACACAAACACCUUUUGUACUGUAGCAAUUUUUGAAGAUCUUAAAUACUCAUUUUUAAAGAAGAUGUCAUGGGCUAAAAGUCUCAUUUCUUUAACACGCAUCAUGCAAACCGGGUGAUCUGACGUUUUCUACUUUGGCAGCUUGUCUGUCAACCUAUAUGUGUAUAUAUAGGUAGACAUAUAUACAUAUAUAUACGUGUGUGUGUAUGUAUAGACAUAUAUAUGUAUGUAUACAUAUAUAUAGAUAUUAUUUUGGUUCUUUUUGGAAAUGCUUUUCCAGCGUGGUGACGUGACUGUGGUGGGGGACAGCUGGGGCUGCGCUGCUGGCAGGAAGCAGGGGAGAAGCUUCCCAAAGACCAUCUGGAAGGCAGCUCAGGGCAGUGGUGAAGGUAUUUCCAGGCUUCUGUAUCCAGAUGCAUCAUCAAGGCCGAUAGGAAGCCAGAGCCUGUGCCUGCCCCAUGUCCAGAGCUGCGAUUCCUGCCGUGAUAGGUGGGACAGCUCAGGGCUGGGCAGGGCAGGUUUAAGGGGUGGAAUUCCAAAAGAUGGGCCUCUCUUGGCACAGGAGACAAAUUUCAGCAGUGGGAUGUGGGAGUCUUUUUGGAAAAUGGCUUCUAAAUAGGCCACAGCACCAAAGAUUGCUCAACCCUGUGUGAGAAACAAGAGGAAGGACCUGGUUGCCUCCUGCCCCAGCCCAGGGCUGUGGAAUCAAGGGAGCUUAUCCCUUGCUUUCCUGGUCUUGGCUGGCUCUGCUGUGGCAAGGGAAGACACAGUCUGCUGUCCACAGUCCUAGGGAUCAUUUAAUAGUGUUUAAAGGGAUUUUUUUGCCUGGGAAGCACAGUUCUGUGGAUUCCAAUUUGGUGUGUUGCUCUAGAAAGACACCCAUGGCCCAGCCAGCUCCAGCUGUGUUGGGUAGUGUUGGUGGGUGCUGAUGAGGAUGCCAGCUGACCCUAAGCCCUCUCUCCAAGUCUUUCCAUGGAGUCAGGUGCUGCCAUGCUGUGCUGCACCAGGAUGGGGCUCGCUCGGGUCCCUUUGCCGUUAGGUGGGUGAGAACGACAGCAGAGAUCAGACCAAAGUCCUCUAGUUCUUUUUGUAAACUGCCCUUGGUAAAUACUAGUGUUUUUUUAGAAUUGUCCAGAUCCACAUUUCUACUCCCCUACUAAUUACUCAGCUCCUUUUCUUUAUGAUAAUGAACAUGCA